UAAAACGAAAGUCACUUGAUGUACUUCCUCUGUCCUUCACUCUACCCCACGUCGAAUCAUUUGUGUGUACGGAUCACAACUGUGCCUUUGCCCCCUGAUGGUGGCAAGGAAGUAUACGUACACUACGCGAACCACGCAAGCUAUUUGAUCCUGGGGAUUUAGGCACCUGAAUUACGAAGGUCCUACCAAUCCUCGAUAGCAUCGCACAAAUACACUAUCUCAAACCACAAUCUUCUAUUCAUCUCGCCAUUCCACCUGAUCCCUUAGUUACACGCAUAAUAUCCCCAUCAUUUACAUGAUGCCUCCUAUUAACCAUGCUGCGGUUUCAGUCGGCGUUGUCGCCCUCUCGGUCGCCGUCGCAGCCGCCAUAGCCGUCUACGAAUCCCCCGAACUACAACGCAUGGCCAACGACCUUAGACGCCGAAUCGCCGUUGCUCUUCAUUCCUUAGGCGAUAGCGUGAGCCCUGCAGACCGACAGAACCUUUUUAACAGACCCGAAGAUGCCGAGGGAUUCUUUCGAUCCCGUGGUGUAAAUUUUAAUGCCGAAACGGGUGCUGAACCCGGUGUCGAUGCCGACGAUGAAACCCGCCGACGACAGCGAGAAGAGUUAAUGUAUUGGAACGCCGUACGUGAGCAGAAGAUGGAAAAGGAACAAAAUAUCUUUGACAGCAGCGAAUUUACAUCGCGCCCGCGUGCUUCAACGCGGGGGUCAAGUUUCGAUGACUUCCUUCGAGAGGACGGCAACGCUGAAAAGGGUACCUAUGUUUUCCAAACAGGCUCACAACCACAAAAUAUUGAAGGCCUGUUGAGACGCCGUGGGGAAGGGGCUCGAGGCUUAAAUCAAUCCAUCUACACGAAUCCCUUCACAGACGAACACGGGAUCGAUGAGCACGUCGCUUUUGAGAACAGUUUGAUAGAUCCCGAGAGAGAUGAAAGAGAUUCCGAUAUUUACAGCGCCAGCACGCAACUCGGUGUUAAGAGCGAGAUACCGCAAUCUCUCACUCUCUCUCCGGCCCCAGUCGCAGAUGUUCCCCCACUAGUCAAUAUUGACGAUCAGACACUAAACACCCCAGUGGUGCAGGCACAGCCGUCUGAGCGAGAGUUGGGCCCUGAUGAAUACAUGACAGCUGGGCAAGAUGACCGUCAGGAUGCGUAUAGCUCGAUCCAGGCAUGGGCUCACGAUGCAUCAACUGCUAGCUUCUACUCGCCACUACCUGUAUCACCCGCUGCACCUAUAUCUGAGCCAGAACUUAUUAGCGACGGUAUGCUAACGCCAACGGACUCUGCCUCGUUAUCAGGUUCUGGUGAGGAUAUUGGUGAUGAAGCUGCAUCCGCUAGAUCAUGGCCCGAGAACCGGCCUUUUGACGUGAUGAGCGAUGAUGAUGGCAUGAUGACCCCGGCGAGUUGGACUGAAGUUGGAAGUGUAGUGAGCGAAAGUGAGGCAGGAGCUCCGGCACAAGCACAGGCACAAGCCCACCCUUGAGAUAUAGAUACCUCUCGUCUCAUUAUAUCAUCUAGUAUACCACAGCAGGGUUUUCAUGGCAUGGCGUCUUCAGGCAGGGAUUUGAAUUUUGCUAGGUAACAGGAUCACAUUGGGAGAUACGGGCUAGGAAUCCUCGAAUAUCGAGUUUGGAUUUUGCUUUUCAGAGUAGAAAG